GCGUUGCCGCAAUGUCCCCCACACUCAUGAUGUUCGAUGACCGAUGACAGCCAGUUUGUUUGGCAUGGUUAUGUUCCAGUCGUGUAGUUGAAGUGGAAGGAUAAUGGGGGAAGUGGCGCAGCCCCGUUUUGAGAAGUCCCUGGGGCUUCUGACGAGCAAGUUUGUGUCGCUGCUGCAAAAGUCCAAAGGGGGCAUUCUGGACCUCAAGGUGGCUGCCGAUAUCCUGGAGGUGCGGCAGAAGCGGCGCAUUUACGACAUUACCAACGUGCUGGAGGGCAUCGGGCUGAUCGAGAAGAAGAGCAAGAACAGCAUCCAGUGGAAGCCCUACACGGUGUACAGGCCGGCUAGCAACGCCGAAGAUGCCAACAGCGGCGGGUUUACCGAAAAGAUCUCCCGGUUGAAGCAGAAACUGGCCAGGCUUGACGAGUACGAGCACGAGCUGGACAUGCACAAGAUCUGGAUCAAUCAAAGCAUCCGCAACACCACGGAGGGCAACAGCCAGUUUCUCUAUCUUACGUUGGAGGAUUUUGCUGCCUGCUACGGCCAGCAAGACGCAGUAAUAGCGGCCAAGGUCCCGGUAAACGAGACCCGCGUGGCAGUUUCGAACAACGAGGGAAGCUUCAGUCUCAAAAUCGCAAGCACUGGGCGGCCCAUUGACGCCUACCUGGUCUCCGAGCGGGUGCUGGACGGGCGACUGAAAAUGCAGCGACGGCCCAGGCCGGCGCCCCACAAGCGCCGCCGCUACACCAACCCUGACCUGGAAACUGCUGCCAUCCUGUUCCAAAAGCCGCCGAGGGCGGCGGAGCCUCCUGCCGUUUCUGGGGCUGGCGACGCCUUCCUGCCUCUCAGCCUCCUCGGGGCCGACUAUCCAUACUCGCUGCUCGAGCAUGAAGGGGCCUGCGAUUUGUUUGACCUUAACUAAGGGGUUCUGUGAUUCUAGCCUGUCCUUGGCGGCAACAGCGCGCCCGCAACGUCAAAGUCCGCGACUUUGACAAACGUUUGACAGUUUGAGGUGUUGUUUAGGCUGCAGAGC